AUGGCCCAGUUAUAUAAAUAAACAGACGUCCAAAAACGAGGAAGUGAAAGACAAUCUUGACAAUAACACGCUCUAUCGUCGUGCACCCUGCGUCGUUGACUAUUAAAGUGUAGGUCUAUGGUAUAGUGACAGCAUGGGCGGCAUAUGCCCUUGUUUCGGGAAAGAGCCCGAGCACACCUACGCUCCGGUUCCAUCUUCCAAUUCCGAGAAGACACCUCUGCUUGCCUCUGGAUCUUACGGAUCAACCAAACCAAGGUCAUCAGCCACGAACGAUGCGGCGACGGUAGCAUCGGCGAGAUUAAAACAUAGCGCCGACCCACCGAACAGGUCCUUUGAAGAAAACGACUUGCGCCCACUUUCAGUAGAUGAUGUCGGCGUUCCCAACUUAGAUAAGCAAUUCCAGGACCAUGUUAUGCUAUUCAAUGAUUACCUUGACAAGUACAAUCAACUCAAAGCAACGAUCUCUGAGAUGAUGUCAACCUAUGAUGACACCGGUGUAACGCCUGGUACUCUCACUCAAAUAUUCAGUAUGCUAAAAGGAGAAUUGAAUGAAGAAGCACAGGACUCCCUGAAGGUCGUGCGAAAGUUCAAGUUCUGCAUGGAAUUGAAAUUCGAAGCAAAAUUUGUGAACGGUUAUGGUGUUGCGAUUCUUGACGGUUUCAACAAGGCAAACAGACUGGUUAAAGAUUUGGUUGAUAAGGGCCCAACCCUUGUCCAGACUGUGACCAUGGUAGUGGAGAACGAGGAACAAUCCAAAAGAGAUGUUACUGUGUACUACUCGGAGCCCGAGCGGAAGGAGCAGGGCCCAGAGAAACUGAAAGCGUGCCUGAAAAAUAUUGGAGAAAUGAAACGUGUUAAACCAGCCGUUAGUUUUAUCAAGAAGGAGGCACAUUUAACCUUUGAUGAUUUGCAGAACGGCGCGCAGGUCCUAUUCAAGGCAGUUGAGGUCUAACGCAUUUGAUAUCUUCGCAAGGACGUAGCACACAUGCACCUUUUGCUGUUUUACAACCUGUAUAGUACUUCAACGCCUGCAUAUGACUGGCUGUUUAUCUAGAGGAGAUCAGUGCCGAGCGCUCGCUCUCAGGCUCUCCCCCACGGCGUGCGGUGAGGGUAGCAAACGCUCAGCACACCUGCUUUUCUCAAGAUGCUAACAGUCAUUUUGAUAGUCUACGCUACGCUGCAUGAAAAUCUAUGUAUCAUAGAUAUAUACGCAUACCUUGACAAGCAUAUCAACGACAACAACUAACACAGUGAUUUAGCGUUAAUGUGUUAAAAAACAGCGUUGUUCGUCAAUUUUGAAACAAGCUGAUGUAAAUACGUUAAGGUUUAAUACGAUGUAACUGCAACAACUUAUGAAAAUUCAUUUUAUAUACACAAAAGAACAUAGUGUCACUUUUAUCGUAUGCCUUUUACUUCUUCUAAAGUCAGAUAGCGGAUUGAUUUUACCAAAUUGUUUUCUCGCUGCGAUCGCCGAACUGGAGACCAUAGCGGGAAAAUGCUCUUUACAGAAUCGGGCCCAAUAAGAAAUACAGAAAGUCAAUUUCAUGAGCCUUAUCAGUCAGUUAAAGGGUUGUUGAGAUUUGGCUAGUGCGCGCUUAGUAUGAUUGUCUGCCACUUAGAACGCGGUGUAUGUUGGGUGUUUACGUUUCUGACUGUUGCUCCAUAUAAAUCAAGGAAAGCCAGAAAACACUGUCUUUGCGCACCAAUGGAAAGUCAUGGUGUCCUUUGCUUUCUCCUAGUAACAGAAACACGAGUUGUGGGGAACAUUAAAACGCAUUGCACAGUGUUAUCAAUUACUGCA